GCUGAAAAUGAGGGUUUUUGGUGAAUGAGUUUUCCAGUACUUGUUGCAUAUAUAGUAUAGCUGUGGGAGUGUCUGAAAUUUUACGGUAUAUAUAUAUGCGUUGAAUUUAUUAGAUUUUCUGCGAAAUGGGAAGCAGGCAUGAGACUUUGGAGGAUCCGAUGGCAAUCACGGCAUCUGUGAUUGAUGAUAUGAUAUACGUUGCUGUGGGAAAAGAUGAGAAAGAGUGCAAAUCAAUCCUGUUAUGGGCUUUGCAGAAUUCUGGGGGAAGGAGGAUUUGCAUCCUUCAUGUUCAUCAGCCUCCACAGCUCAUUCCCUUCAUGGGUACAAAAGUUCCAGCAAGCAAACUCCAGGAAAAGAUAGUGAGCGAUUACCGGAAAACUGAAAGGCAAAACAUGCAUCAGAUCCUCGAUGAAUACGUUCGUUUCUGUCUCCAAAUAGGGGUACGGGCACAGAAACUGGAAAUAGAAAUGGACCAUAUUGAGAAGGGAAUUGUAGAGCUCAUCUCUAAGCACGGGAUCAAGAAGCUUGUUAUGGGAGCAGCCUUAGAGAAGCGCUAUAAACGAAGAAUGACAGAACUCAAGUCUAGUAAAGCUAAAUAUGUGCGCGAGAAAGCACCUAUUUCCUGUCAUAUACAAUUUAUUUGCAAAGGCCACCUCAUCUUCACCAGGGAAGCAAGCGCAGACGUGACUGAAAGUGGACAAUCAAACCUCAUGAAAUCACGGUCGGUUGCUUUUGGGAACGACAGGAACAGGGACAGCAGUGAAAUCCGACAAUCAAACUUCGUGAGAUCACAAUCUGUUACAGCGGGGCACAAGUACAGGGAUAGCAUUGGAAGGAUGAUGGGCAUCUUCGGUAUCCCUUCACCGGCGGCAGCAGGCACUAGUGAUCAAGAGACUACUUCAUCUCCAAAAAGUCCUUCGGGUUCUGAUGGAUGGGGCGAUGGGUUAGGAUUGGGAAGGAGUCCUUCCGGUUCGGUUUAUUAUUGCUCGACCAGCUCUCCCAAAAGAGUGGCUGACGUAACUCUGUCUUCAUGGGCGCAUGAGGCCAAUGAGGUUAGCGCACCCUCUCCCGCGGGUUCGGUUUAUUCAAGAACCUCUUAUGUGGAUGUCGGAUCUCCAUCAAUAUGCUCUUCUAAUGGAGCCCUCAAUGCUGUGGACGAAAGUUUAAAUGACACUUUUUAUGAGCGACUUCAACGAGUGAUGGCAGAGAAUGAAAAAGAAACACUCAGGCGUCUGAAAGCAGAAAGAGAUGUGAUUGAGGCCGAACGCCGGAGCCAAGAAGAAUCGAGACAAAGAAAAGAAUUUGAGGAAGCGCUGGUGGAGGUAAAAGAAGAGCUUGAAAAUGUGAAGAAUCAGAGAGACCAAGUAAAGGAAGAACUGAGGAUUUCUCAAGAACAUGAAUUAUCAUUAAAGAUUCAUAUUGCAGAGUUACAGAAAGUGAUGAAUGAGGUGCAGAUGGAGCGUGAUUAUGCGCUGAAAGAAGUUGAAGGGCUAAGAUCAAGAAAACAAGUUGGUGAUGAUGAUCACUUCUCUGAGUUCAAGCUCUCUGAGAUCGAAGAAGCUACUCAGAAGUUUGAUGAAUCCAAGAAAAUUGGACAAGGAGGAUAUGGAAGCAUUUAUAAAGGUCUCCUGCGUCAAAAAGAGGUUGCAAUUAAGAUGCUACAAUCUCCCGGCUCCCAUGGCAUCUCACAAUUCCAAAUGGAGGUUAGUGUAUUGAGUCAGCUGCGGCAUCCGAAUCUUGUGAAACUUACUGGAUCCUGCCCUGAAGUUUUUGCGCUAAUCUAUGAGUAUCUCCCCAAUGGAAGCCUUGAAGAUAGACUGAGCAUGAAAGACAACAGCCCUCCAUUAUCAUGGCGAACUCGAAUACGCAUUGCCACAGAGUUGUGCUCUGUCCUCGUUUAUCUUCAUUCUGCUAAACCUCACAGCAUAGUACAUGGUGAUUUGAAGCCCUCCAACAUCCUCCUCGACGCCAACUUUGUCAGUAAACUGAGUGACUUUGGAAUCUGCCGCAUGUUAUCUGAUGCAAGUUCAAGCAACAACGUUAACACAACGUUGUCUCAUAUAACUAUCCCAAAGGGCAGUUUCGCUUUCAUAGAUCCUGAGUUUCUUGAAACAGGAGUGCUUACUUUGAAGUCUGAUAUUUACUCGUUUGGGAUCAUAUUACUACAACUGUUGACUGGGCGACAACCCUUUAAGAUAUCAAAUGAAGUGAAAUAUGCCCUGGAUGCUGGAAACUUGAAAGCUCUCUUGGAUCCUUUGGCUGGAGACUGGCCGAUUUUGGCUGCUCAAAAGUUGGCCCACCUGGGAUUGAGAUGCUGCGACAGGAACCGAGGGAGCCGUCCGAAACUUGGUUCAGAAGUGUUGAAGAUGCUUGAACCAAUGAGGGCUUCAUAUGGGUCUUAAUGCCAACCACCUUCUUUCAUAUAUAUAUUUCUUAGUCAUUGUAU